ACUGGCAUUCAGCGUUCAGUCGAUGACUAGCGUUCAGCGUUCAAACGCUGCAGGUUGAGGUGAUCGCAGGACGCAACUAGAGAAAUGGCUAACAGAGCGGAUUCCUCGACAGAAAAACUAAUUGAAGAAGUAAAAAGACAUAGAGAGCUGUAUGAUAUGUCCUCUCCUGAAUAUAAAAAUGUUCGUUUAAAAAAUAAAAUAUGGGAUGAUAUUGCGAAAGAAAUGGGAGGAUAUACAGGGGAGGAGUUGAAAAAACGUUGGAAAAACUUAAGAGAUUGCUUUUCAAAGCAUCUGCGCGCAGAGAAAAUCCGGACGGGGCAAGCAGCUGUCAGUUUCUCCCGAUAUAAAACCUGGCCAUGGGCGCAGCAGAUGGUAUUUUUCAGGCCCUUUUUGCACCAUGCACCAACAGAAUCGAACGUUUUUGCUACUGAUUGUGAGACAGAGUCCAGGACAGAGCCCAGGACAGAGCCCAAGACUGAGCCCAGAACAGAGCCGAGUACAGAGUCCAGGACAGAGCCUCUAGAGUCUGAAAUCGAGACCAGCAACUCCCAAAAUGAACAUGAAAAUUUUAUGGCUGAAAAAAAUAUGGGCCAGAAAAGAAAACGGUCGGAUGUUGCAACGGAUAAUUCUUCUAACAUUGAUAAGGUAUUGAACUAUUUGGAUAAAAAACACUGCAAUGAACAGAAAGACAGCAUAGACUUGACAUUCCAAGCAUAUGCUGCAAGUGUUAAAAAGUUAACGAUUCGCCGGCAGACUAUGGUGAAAUAUAAAAUAGCUAAACUUAUAAUGAAAGAAGAGCUAGCACAACAAUUGGAGUCUGAGAAGGAGAAUCAACCAGCUUCAGUAUAAUCAAACCGUUCUGUUGAGUACCUA